AAAAGAAAAUUACAUCUUUCGCCUUUUCCAUUCACACCAAAUACUAGUGAAUUAUCUAUUCAUACUUGCGUUGGAAAGCUGGAGGCUUAGAAGAUUUAGAGAUGGAGAAUGCAGUAACCCUUAAUUUAGAAUGCAAAAUUACAUUCAGAUGGCAAUCCUCCAUCUAUAAAAACAAUCAGAUUUUCAUUUUCUCUGGAACCCAAUUUCCAAAAGCAACCAACCAUUGUUGUCUAUCGUCUAUCCGCCCAUCACCGCCAGCUUCGAUUGGCUCUUCUUCCAAAACCCAUACAACGCUUCUUGUUGAGACCUAUCAUCACCAUCGAAGGCUCAAGGGCUUACUUGAGAGACUGGAGAAGGAGGACUCUUGCCCUUUACAAAUACUUGGAGAUGAUGGAGAUUGGACCAAAGACACCUUCUGGGCUGUCAUUAGAUUUCUCAGGCACGCCUCCAGAUCCAAUGAAAUCCUCCAGGUCUUUCAUAUGUGGAAGAAUAUAGAGAAAUCAAGAAUCAGUGAAUUGAACUAUGAAAAGAUUAUAAGAUUGUUAGGUGAAGAAGGAAUGAUAGAAGAAGCAGUCGAGGCACUACGAGAAAUGGAGGGUUAUGGUCUUCAACCUUCUUUAGAGAUUUACAAUUCAAUCAUCCAUGCUUAUGCGAUGAAUGGAAAGUUUGAUGAUGCUUUGUUUUUCCUCAAUGAGAUGAAAGAAAUUGGUUUAGCACCGGAAACUGACACAUAUGAUGGGCUAAUUGAAGCAUAUGGAAAAUAUAAAAUGUAUGAUGAAAUUGGUGCAUGCUUGAAGACAAUGGAAUUGGAUCGGUGUCCACCUGACCAUUUUACCUAUAACUUGCUUAUCCGUGAGUUUUCACGUGGUGGGUUGCUCCAAAAAAUGGAACGAAUUCAUCAAAUUGUGCUCUCCAAACAGAUGAAUUUGCAGUCUUCGUCUUUGGUUGCAAUGCUUGAGGCUUAUGCAAACUUUGGAAUUCUAGAUAAGAUGGAGAAGGUUUAUAGAAAGGUUGUGAACUUGACUACUUUAAAGGAGGAUACAAUUAGGAAAUUGGCCAAUGUUUAUAUAAAAAACUACAUGUUUUCAAGAUUAGAUGAUCUUGGUAUUGAUCUUUCUUCAAGAACUGGUAGAAAUGAUUUUGUUUGGUGUUUGCGCCUUCUUUCUCAUGCUUGUCUUUUGAGUCGAAAAGGGAUGGAUUCCAUUAUCCAAGAGAUGGACGAGGCAAAAGCUUCAUGGAAUGUAACAAUAGCAAAUAUUAUCUUGCUAGCUUAUAUGAAGAUGAAAGAUUUCAACCGUUUGAGAAAUUUACUUUCUCAAUUACCAAGCCAUCAAGUAAGACCUGAUAUAACCACUUUUGGAAUUUUAUUUGAUGCUAUCAAGAUUGGAUUUGAUGGGGCUGAAGCUUUAAAGACUUGGAGAAGGAUGGGGCUUCUUUACAGAGCUGUAGAAAUGAACACUGAUCCUCUGGUUCUCAUUGCAUUUGGAAAGGGGCAUUUUCUUAGAGAUUGUGAAGAGGUAUACACCUCCCUUGAACCUAAAGCCAGGGAAGAAAAAAGAUGGACAUAUCACCACCUUAUUGAUUCAGUAAUUAAACACAGAGCAAAGCAGCCACAGUGUAAGGCUGUCCAACCGAGUCCAGAUAAGCUAAACUGAAAGAUGCAUUUUCCAAUUUGGAAGCAUCAUACUUUCUACAAUUAAAACCGAUAAACCUUCUCAUUACUAGCCAGAAUGCAGACUAUUUCUGGUAACAUCAAGGAAACCAAACCUGAUGUAAAUUUUUCAUGGGACACAAUCUAUUUGUUUCUAUAUUACUACUUUUCCCAUCUGUAUCUUAUGUAGAAGUAAACCUGCUUCCUUCAUAAUGAACAAAUUUGAUUCAGUCCCAUUGAUUGCAUUGCUUUUUGUAGAAAAUUUUGCAUAAGUAGAUAUUGGUCUUCGUGUUCCUUGUUACUGUAGUCUAUAUCUCCAUCAUUAAUCCAUUUGGAAGAAAGAAAGAAAGAAAGGGGUAAGGAAGGAAAACGUUUUAAUCUAAUGGUUGAGAUGCAAAACAUGUCUCAUUUUGUAGCUCAACCAUUAUAUUAGCACUUUUUCCUUCCUUACCUCUUUCUUUCCUUCCUAAGCUGUCAUUAUUGGUAGGGGUGUAAACGAACUGAACACGAACAAGCUUUGCUAUGUUCGUGAUUUGUUGGUUUUUUUUUUUUUUAGGGUUUUUUCAGGAUCGGUUCUUGUUCGGUAAGGAAUUUUAAUUCUAUGUUUGAGCUUGAUUCGUUUAGGUAUUAGGAUAUUCAAGAUUGGAUUGGGAUUGGCUCGUUUUAGUUAAACAAGCUCUUUCCUUAACAUUGGAUUAGUACUUUUUCUUUCCUUACCUAUUUUUUUCCUUCCUACUAAACAAAGCUGAUAAUUCAUUAUUUAUAUUAUGCUUAAUCUGUCAUUCUGGCAUUUAUGUAUGCUUUAUUUCUUUUUCUAUUUGCUCAUAUGUUUUCUUUCAAUUCUUGUCUUAUGAAUUCUAAUA